AUGAAGGUUCUGUUCCUGACCAUCAUCCUUGGCCUGAUCACAGCCCUGCAGGCUCAGGACCCUCUGUUCUUCCCCUCAGAGAACGAGAAUAGUGUGGUCAGAGGAGCAGGAGGCUCUGUUCUUGUGUCUUCAGACAGCGCUCCUCCUUGGGCCCAGAGGCUGAAGCAGGGGAGCGGGUUCAGCAUAGGGACUGUUGGAGGAGAUUCUGGGCCAUGUUCGUGCUGGACUCACGGCCCCCACCCUGCUCAGAUCAUAGGGACAUGGUAUGUGAAGGCCGUGGUGGCUGACAAGGACCUGCCUAAGGAGAAGAGGCCCAAGAAGGUGUCCCCCUUGACAGUCACUGCCCUGGAUGGUGGAGACUUGGAGGCCAUGGUCACCUUCAUGAAGGGGGGCCAGUGCCACGAGAAGAGAGUUGUGAUGCACCAAACUGAGGAGCCUGGCAGAUACAGCACCUUUGGGGGAAAGAGGCACAUGCACAUCCUGGACUUGCCAGUAAAGGACCACCGCAUCUUCUACUGCGAGGGCCAGCUCGGAGGGAAAGCAAUCCGCAUAGGAAAACUCGUGGGUAAGAGGCUGCUGCCCCAGGUCCUCAGAGAUCCACCUCUCCUGACCCACCCCCACAGGCUCUAUUGGGGUGAAGCCCAAGAAUUCUCUGGCCAGAGAGCAUCACAAUUCCUCCAGGCCAUCAGCUUCCUCCAGGCCAUCAGCUUCUUCCAGGUCAGGGGUGUGACCCUGCAGCUUGGCUUUGAGAGGGAAACCCUCCAUCUCAGCCUCAGCCAUUACAGGACAAAGCCCCCCAAGUGCUGGGAGGCGCUGUCUCCUCUUGGGGUCUGCUUCCCGAACCUGGGGCUCACCUGGUCACCUCGCCUACAGGUAGAAAUCCUGACAUGAGCCUGGAAGCCCUGGAAGAAUUUAAGAAAUUCGCAGAGCGCAAGGGAUUGCCACAGGAGAACAUCAUCAUGCCCGUCCAGAGGGGUAAGAAGACAACUCUGCCCAGGUUCCCUGUGUCCACUCUGCAUCCCCCACUGUCCCCCAUCUCCCUCCCUAUGUCCCCAACAGGUUCCUCGUGUCCCACUGUGCCCUUCAAGUCCCUCUGUGUCCCCCAUGACCUUCCUCUCCCCUUCCCCUGCCCCCCCCCAUGGGGGAUACAUCAGCGCUGUGUUGUGUCACAGGGGCACAAGGGCCCCACUCCGGGUCUCUGCUAUUGGUGUCAGAGCUGCGGCUUGAUGGGGUCUGGGCCCUUGGCUAGGGUCUCUUCUCAUUGCUGAAUUUUCCUUGGUUUCUACAGAAAGCUGCAUUCCUGAAAGUGACUAGGGGCAGGGGACAUCAGCACCCCACAGCAGCCCCAGGGCAGCACCAUCAAGACCCUCUGUCCUGCAGGCCAUGGAAGGAGCCCCUGCCUCUAGAGCCUGACCUGCUCUGCCCCUCCAGUUACCUUGACUCCCCUUCCUCCCCCAGCCAUGCAUCCCCUCUCCUAGUUCCACAUAAAGAGCUUCAGCAGUU